CUGGGUCUUGGGGAGGAGGAGCAAGGGGCUUGGACUCCUGAGUCCUGACACAGGAAAGGCUGGGGAAACUCAGCUCUAGUCCCGAAGAGGUAAGGGCUGGAAGACCGGACCCCAAGACCUGAAGGAGGACUGUAGGGGCCACAGGGGCUGAAGAACUGGAUGAAUUGUUCUCUGAGGAGUCGUGGGGUCAAAACCCUUUGGUUCUAAGGGACAAGGAGCUCUGAGCCUGGACUCCUGGGCCCUUGAGAAGGGCUCCAGGCGGUGGGAGCUCCCCAUUCUCAGCAUCAUGAGCGCCACCGGUGGCCCAGAAGCUUCCCCCAAACGGAGUGCCAAGUCCAUCUAUGAACAGAGGAAGCGUUAUUCCACAGAGGUUAUGGCCGAUGUUUCCCAGUAUCCAGUCAAUCACCUGGUGACCUUCUGCCUGGGUGAGGAGGAUGGCGUGCACACGGUGGAGGACGCCUCGCGGAAGCUGGCCCUCAUGGACAGCCAAGGCCGCAUCUGGACCCAGGAAAUGCUACUGCGCGUGUCUCCCAAACACGUCGCGCUUCUCGACCCGGACUCCAAGGAGGAGCUGGAGUCGUACCCGCUGAGCGCCAUCGUGCGUUGCGACACGGUAAUGCUGCCGGGCCAGAGCUGCUCACUGAUGCUUCUCGUGUGCCAGGACUCCGAGCGCACGCAGCCCGACGUGCACUUCUUUCAGGGCCUGCGUCUGGGGGUGGAGCUGAUCCGAGAGGACAUCCAGGGGGCUCUUCACAGCUACCGCUCGGGCCGCGGGGAGCGCAGGGCGGCGGCGCUCUGGGCCACGAGAAAGGAGCUGCAGCUCCGUUCCUUGCCCGCUGCGGAGACCCCUCCCCUGCAGCACCGCCCGACAGUCCGCGCUGCGGUCAGCUGGGUGGAGCCGGCCGCGGGCUGCGGGCGACCCCAGGUGGAUCCCAUCCCAGAAGCAGAAGAGGUGCGGAGGCCCGCCCGGGCGGAGGCCUCCAGCAGCGCUGACCCGGCCUCCCGGGACCUGGGCCCCCAUGGCCCCGAACUAGCCAGUCUGCAGGCGGAGCGGGACGUGGACAUCCUGAACCACGUGUUCGACGACGUGGAGAGCUUCGUAUCCAGGCUGCAGAAGUCAGCGGAGGCGGCCCGAGUGCUGGAGCACCGGGAGCGCAGCCGCAGGACCCGGCGCCGGGAGGCGGGGGAGGGCCUCCUGACGCUGCGGGCCAAGCCGCCCUCAGAGGCCGAUUACACCGACGUGCUUCAGAAAAUCAAGUACGCCUUCAGCCUGCUGGCCCGGCUGCGCGGCAACAUCGCCAACCCCUCCUCCCAGGAGCUGCUGCACUUCCUGUUCGGACCUCUGCAAAUGAUUGUGGACGCUUCGGGCGGCCCCCAGUUCGCGAGCGGCGUGCGGCGGCCGCAUCUGACUUCCGAGGCUGUGGCGCUGCUGCGGGACAACGUCACCCAACGUGAAAACACGCUCUGGACCUCGCUGGGAGACUCGUGGACCCGCCCGGGGCUGGAGCUACCCCAGGAGGAAGGACCCCCAUACAGACCUGAGUUCUGCAGCGGCUGGGAGCCCCCAGCCACUGACCCAGAGGGCGGCACCUGGGAUGACCCAGUAGAGAAACAGCUACAGCACGAGCGGCGGCGCCAGCAGGUGAGGCUACGUCUUCAACCAGAGCAGCCAGCUCCCCUGGGCGACACGGGUGGCCAGGUCGGGAAUUCUGGGGGGCAGACGUGGCCCCACCUGACCCACUGCUCUUUUCCCCUGCAGCAAAGCGCCCCCCAGGUUGCUGUCAAUGGUCACGGAGACCAGGAACCAGAAGCUGAGCCCCAGCUGGAGCGGGAGCCGGCCAGGAAGUGGGUCCUAUGUAAUUACGACUUCCAGGCCCGCAACAGCAGCGAACUGGCCGUGAAGCGGUGGGACCUGUUGGAGGUCCUGAAUGACGAGCGCAAGUGGUGGAAGGUUCGGGACCAGCGCGGGCAGGAGGGUUAUGUACCCUAUAAUAUCCUGACACCUCACCCGGGGCCGCCGGGGGGCCACAGCCAAAGCCCUGACUGCAGCCUGGAGAACAGUACUCCUCCUCCCGCCUCCGGAUCAGCGCGGGCCCUGGCUCCCGCUCCCCCUCCGCCGCCGCCAGCCUUGGCUCCGGCUCCCUGUCCCCAGCCAGCACCGGCCCUGGCUUCUGCUCCGACUCGGUCCCCCCGGGGCAGCAGCGAGAGCCUCAACAACAUGGACUCCAGAAAACAGGAGAAAUUCUCCCAGAUGCUCUGUAUCAACGAGGAGCUGCAGGCACGCCUGGCCAAGGGCCUCACGGGCCUUAGCCGUGCAGCCUUGGGGCCCCGCGCCCCGGAGCCGCAGCUCAGCCCGCGCUCCAGCGCCUCGGAGGACCGUUGCCGCGCUGGGCACGCUGAGUGGUGCGCAGCUAUUCUCGCUGCAGAAGGAGAAGUUUCGGGAGCUGAGCCCCGAGGAAGGGGCGCGCGUGUUCAGUCAGGUCUCGGUGCAGCGUGCGCUGCUGGAGGACAAAGAGAAAGUGUCAGAGCUGGAGGCAGUGAUGAAAAAGCAAAAGAGGAGAAUGGAAGACAAGGUGAAAACGGAGGUCCUUUGAUCCUUCCCCGCCCCUCCGCGAAGUUUCGCGGCAGCCCCGCGGGAGAACGGACUCUGCACACUGCCCGCACCAAUGGAAGCAGAUCCUUCCAGGGAUUGCGAACCUGUUCCAGCCGUGGUCUUACCUCAUCCUGGUAGACAUACUGGCCGGUCCUUGCUGGAGUCUCCUGAGCAGGUACUCUCGGGUUGGCCAAGAACGGACAUUGAGACAAUUUAGGGGAAGCGCUUGUGCUCGGGAGCCCUGUGCAUUGUGAUACGCUGCCCAGUCUAUAAACAGUCUCCUUACCAG